AGAUGAUGUAUCAUGUAUACCAGUGACCUAGCUUAAACUAAUUAUUUAGGAUUGAGUUAAAUACAUUUUGCAUUUUGUAUAGGUUUCCAAAUAUAUCUUGCAUUGGCAUUGUAAGCUCAUCCCAUUCAUUCAUCUGAUUUCAAUUUUUGUUUUGUUUUGUUUUUUUGUUUUUUUGUUUUUUUUUUGGUAUUGCAAUAAAUUCGUAACUGGUUUUCUGAGAUAGUAAAUUAAGAGACACUGAUCUUUUCUAUUUUGAAGUUAUAAGAAAAUGAGUGACAUUUCUUAUUCCAAUGGCAAUGCCAAUGUGAAUGGAAAUGGAAAUGUUGUGAAUGGUUACUAGAAGAGCUGCUGGUACGAGAAGGAAAUCGAAGAAACCUUAGGCUGGAGCUUUGCUUUUAAUAUGUAUAGUUACUUAUGUAUACAUUUUCAGUACAACCAGUUACAUUAAUUUAGUAAUCUUGGCUUCUACAUCAUUUUUUUUCUUUUUCUUUUUCUUUUUGUGGUUCCUAUUUCAUUUUAUACUUGAAUGCGGAAACACACACACACACACAAAACAAGAACUAGCUGACUUAUGGCCCUAUAUUAAAAUUUGAGAGUGAAAGUUCUUUACUUUACAAAUUGAAUGAAAAGUUUCAUAAUUUUACCAUAGUAACAUUUUUUUUUUGACAACAAAUAUUGGUUGGAUUAGAGGUACCGCAGCAUAUAAAUAAACCCGCGGCAUCGCGCGGGAUACUCUGCUAGUAUAACCUAUAUAUAAUAUCUCCCCAGACUUGGGUCUUUGAGAAAGGAAGCCAAAGACUCUGGCUUUAGAGCAGAUUUCUCUGAAACUUGUCUUGGCCUAUAAUGGGGAGUUCUCAUUAGCAACUGGGUGUUAUACAGUUCUGGGUUUGCGGCUAGAAAUUGCAGCAAAAUUGAGAUAACUCACCAUGGCAGUGUCAACGCAGCUUCACUCACUUACCACUCUUGCUUCAUUGACUCACCGCACUAAGGUCAAGUUUAACAGCGCCUGCUGCGCAGCUCUGUUUCCCAAUGCAAAGCAAACAAGCCCAUCCACGCUUUGCAGUGCUGUGCAGAGUGCACAGUCCACUGUUUCUGAGAGAUCAAACCCACCAUUUACUUCCUUCAAUGAGUUGAUUGAGUCCUUGAUUGAUAAGGUGGAUUUGUCGGAGUCCGAAGCCAAAGCUUCAUUGGAGUUCUUGCUGAGUGAUGCUAAUGAGGCUUUGAUUAGCGCCUUUCUUGUGUUGUUGAGAGCCAAAGGAGAGACUUAUGAAGAAAUUGUGGGAUUAGCAAAGGCAAUGAUAAAGCACAGUUUGAAGAUUGAGGGCUUGGAUGACGCAGUUGACAUUGUUGGAACUGGUGGUGACGGAGCAAACACAGUAAACAUUUCAACCGGGGCUUCAAUACUUGCUGCAGCUUGUGGUGCAAAAGUUGCAAAGCAAGGUAAUCGUUCAAGUUCCUCUGCAUGUGGAAGUGCAGAUGUAUUGGAAGCUUUGGGAAUAAUAAUUGACUUGGACCCUGAGGUUGGGGUCACGAGAUGUGUUAAUGAAGUAGGCAUUGGUUUUAUGAUGGCACCAAAGUAUCAUCCUGCAAUGAAUGUCGUUCGUCCCGUAAGGAAAAAGCUAAAAGUAAAGACUGUAUUCAACAUUUUGGGACCUAUGUUGAAUCCAGCUAGAGUUCCUUUUGCUGUUGUUGGCGUAUACAAGGAAGAAUUAGUCCUAAAGAUGGCUAAAGCAUUACAAAGCUUUGGCAUGAAGAGAGCAUUGGUUGUUCACUCGGAGGGCUUGGACGAAAUGAGUCCCCUUGGUAAACUCUAUCUUUUACAUGAGAUUAUGAUUAUUUGGCAAUUCUAAGACAAUUGUUUGCGU